AGAAAAUAAAAAAUAAAAAUUCAAUUUUGUGUAAUAAAGACAAUGAUGAGAAUGACAGGUUCAUUUUGUGUUCUUUGUAGUACAAAUAUUGAUGCGUCUUCCUGCGUAAAUAUCUUUACGCCUCUUCUAUACAAUAAUGAGUUACUAGUAAAUUUUAUAAUACGCGAAUUCAAACAGAUGUCAUCUAAUCUACAUAGUCCGUACAUCUGUUUUCGUUGUUAUAAAUUAUUUCAAAUGUUAGAACGAGCACAAUGGAUCAUUAAUAAUGUUCGUUGUGAAAUUUUAAAAUCUCACCAACGUAUAUUACCGAAGAAUACAGAUUAUCUUGUAGACAAUACUCAAAUUUUUGAAGCUAUCCAAACUAAACGGGAUUUAGAUCAGACAACAAAUGGACCAAAACAUAUUACAGAUCUAAGUUAUUUGAAUUAUUUGAAUAUUAAUCCAAACCUUAUGGCCUCUCAUAACAUUAAAAAUAUUGAACUAAUUGAUUCGAGAGAUAUCUUUAAAGAAGAAACAGAUAUUGAUAGUAAAGUUUCAGAAAGCGUAUACAAUAUUAUUAAAAAUAAUAGCUAUUGUAAUAUAGAUUAUAAGAAUAAUGAUAAUGUAAAUAAAGAUACGAAGAUUGAAAUAUAUAAUAAAAAACGAGAUUUGAUUAUGCAAAUUUUAGAAAAUGAUUUUCGCAAAUAUAUGUUAAAUGAUAUAGUAGAACGAGAUAUCACAGAACAAGAAAUUUCUAAUAAACAGUGUAAGUUCUGUACCGAAUCAUUUAAGACCAAUGAGGAAUUAAAUGUACAUUUAUUAAAACAUAAUGAUAUACAAUUAUAUCAGUGUUCUGAAUGCAAGGAAAUACUCAUAAGUGUUUCACUUGCAAGUAUGCAUGUAUUAAAAGCACACAGUGAAAAUCAACAUUGCGUUAAUAUUUUACCAAUUUCGUAUAAAAAUGAAAUAGAACCUUCUCUUAAUGAUGUCUCUCUUUUUCCACAAAAUAAUACGGGAACAUUAAAUGAUAUAAAGUCAAAUACUUUUGAACAUACGGAGAUCGAUAAAAAUAUAUCCGAAAUAAGAGAUAAUACAAUGUCUACUAUAGAAAAUAAAGAAGUUGCAGAAAGCAAUGCUAUUAACUCCAUAGAUGAAAAGAGCAAAGUAAAUUCAAAUUCUGUUUCUUGGAAAUCGAGAGGAAUAUUAAAUUACAGUUUAAAACCAUUUAAACAUACAUGCUCUAAGUGUAAUAAAAAGUGGAAAACAUCUACGGAAUUAAAGAUACAUAUGAAAUCUCAUUCAAAUAUAAGACCAUAUAUGUGUGAAAUAUGUGGUCAGGCUUAUAAAUAUAAACAAGCUUUAAAUAUACAUAUUGAUAUGCAUAAUGGAAUAAGCCCAUUUCAAUGUUCUUAUUGUAACAAAUGUUUUACACAAAAAGGUGCAUUAGUGAGACAUCUACCAAUGCAUACCGGAGAAACACCAUAUCAAUGUGAAUUAUGUGGCAAAAGAUUUAUACAUCAUUCAUCAUACAACAUGCAUAUAUUGUCUCAUACUGGAAAAAAAUCUUAUCAAUGUCAUAUAUGCGAUGCAUCAUUGCUUUCUACAUCACAUUUAAAAAGACACAUGCGAGUACAUACAGGUGAAAAACCAUAUAGCUGCAUCGUAUGUGGAAAACGUUUCGCGCAACGAUACAAUUUACAAUCUCAUAAAAAAAUACAUAGCAUAUCAGAAACAACGACAAAUGAUACUGAAGAUUUACUAAACUUGUGUAACCAGUGUAACUCAUUAUGUCAAGAAGGACACAAAUGUAAUGAGCAAAUAAAAAAUCAAUCCAAUUCAGAUAAAAAUAUUACAACUACGGAAAAAGUAAUUAAUUAUAAUUGCAGUUUAGAAUCCUUGGUAUAA